AACCUCCACCCACACCGAACCCAAACCCAACACGCGCGCGCAUUAGAAAAUUCGCCCCGACCCCGAGGCCUCGCCCGGCCCGCUCCGACUGCUCGCGGGCCCCGCACGCCACCUCCCUCCUUAACCUCCGGUGCGGCAGCUGCCAGACCCCUUCUUCCUCGCAGACCCGGCGGCUCAUCCUCCCUCGGAGAAGGCGCGCACCGGCCGGUGGUGGAGAGAGGGGGAGGGUGGGAGAAGCGGCCGUAUAAGGAUCUCUCCGCGCUCUCUCGUCUCUCUCUCUCCGGUUUUACCUAUCUGUAUAUCUAUUUACGUACGUACGGUUCGUGGGCCGGGCUGAGGAGGGGGAAAGCCCGCUGCUGCUCUUGUUGUUGGUCUGCUCGAUGAUGGCGGGAGCGACGUCAGCCACGGCCGCCGCGGGCGCAUUCGCCGCCGCCGCUGCCGGCGCCAAGGCGCGGGGGACCGCCACCGCGUGCCCCUGGGUCGUUGCCGCCGGCGGCCGGAGGCGGUCCGGCGUCGUGCGCUGCGACGCCGGCGGGGAUGCCCAGGCGGCGUCCAAGUUGGCCAGCAUCACCGCGCUCGAGCAGUUCAAGAUCUCCGCCGACCGGUACAUGAAGGAAAAGAGUAGCAUCGCUGUAAUAGGCCUCAGUGUACACACAGCACCAGUGGACAUGCGUGAAAAACUUGCUGUUGCAGAGGAACUAUGGCCCCGUGCUAUUUCAGAACUCACCAGCCUGAAUCAUAUUGAAGAGGCUGCUGUUCUUAGUACCUGCAACAGAAUGGAAAUAUAUGUGGUGGCUUUAUCGUGGAACCGUGGUAUUAGAGAAGUAGUGGACUGGAUGUCAAAGAAAAGUGGAAUCCCUGCUUCCGAGCUAAGGGAGCAUCUCUUUAUGUUGCGUGACAGUGAUGCUACACGCCAUCUGUUUGAGGUAUCCGCUGGGCUAGACUCUUUGGUUCUUGGAGAAGGACAAAUCCUUGCUCAAGUUAAACAAGUUGUCAGAAAUGGGCAAAACAGUGGAGGCUUGGGAAAGAACAUUGAUAGGAUGUUCAAGGAUGCAAUCACAGCUGGAAAGCGCGUCCGCUGUGAGACCAAUAUAUCAGCUGGUGCUGUGUCUGUCAGUUCGGCUGCAGUUGAACUGGCCAUGAUGAAGCUUCCAAAGUCUGAAUGCUUGUCAGCUAGGAUGCUUUUGAUUGGUGCUGGCAAAAUGGGAAAAUUAGUGGUCAAACAUUUGAUUGCCAAAGGAUGCAAGAAGGUUGUUGUGGUGAACCGUUCUGUGGAAAGGGUGGAUGCCAUUCGCGAAGAGAUGAAAGAUAUUGAGAUUGUGUACAGGCCACUUACAGAGAUGUAUGAAGCAGCUGCUGAAGCUGAUGUCGUGUUCACAAGCACCGCAUCUGAAUCCUUAUUAUUCACGAAGGAGCAUGCAGAGGCGCUUCCUCCUAUUUCUCUUGCUGUGGGUGGUGUUCGGCUUUUCGUCGACAUAUCUGUCCCGAGGAAUGUCGGUGCCUGUGUAUCUGAGGUGGAGCAUGCACGGGUAUACAAUGUUGAUGACUUGAAAGAGGUGGUGGAAGCCAAUAAGGAAGACCGUGUCAGGAAAGCAAUGGAGGCCCAAACAAUCAUUACCCAAGAACUGAAACGGUUCGAAGCAUGGAGGGAUUCGCUGGAGACGGUUCCGACUAUCAAAAAGCUGAGGUCGUACGCCGACAGGAUCAGGGCAUCGGAGCUCGAGAAGUGCCUGCAGAAGAUCGGGGAAGACAAUCUCAACAAGAAGAUGAGAAGGUCCAUCGAGGAGCUGAGCACGGGCAUAGUGAACAAGCUCCUUCACGGCCCACUGCAGCACCUGAGAUGCGACGGCAGCGACAGCCGCACCCUGGACGAAACGCUUGAGAACAUGCACGCCCUCAACAGAAUGUUCAACCUCGACACGGAGAAGGCGGUCCUUGAGCAGAAGAUCAAGGCCAAGGUAGAGAAGACCCAAAGCUGAGACCAGGAGAUACUUGUCCGUCUGUAUAUCUACUUAUACUGCUCCCAGAAUGUCGCUACAUUCCAAUCCCAAUAUUUUUUUUCUGAUCCUCCACUUACUGCUGAGUUCUUCUUGCGCCGUGAAUUAGCCAUGGCAGCCUCCAAAUGUGUUGUAGAGAGGAGCGGCGAAGCAUGUUUGCUCCAAAACUGCCUGUGUACAUUAUUUACCGUGGCUGCUGUGGUUAGAGCCCAAUUUUCAAGCUGUACUAUAAUACUCUAUUGGAUGAAAUAAACAGGAAUAUAUCAGUGUGUUAAUUGA